CCAGGAAGUUACACAUUUACUUCCGGUCUGCGUCAAAACAAAUAUAAACAAUUGGCGGUAAAGAUGGAGCCCGCAGAGAGUGACACUUUACGCAGUAAUGAAACAAAUCAAGAGUAUAGAGUGCAAGUAACGUCGAAAAAACAAGUAACGGAGCAGAUAAAUAAAUAUAAAGAGGUUUUAAAGACGGCUUUAGACGGACAACCGGAAGACGUGAAGCGAGUUUUACUGCAGGAGCUGCUGGCGAACUUCGAAGCCGCUGUCCAGGACAACGUGUUGGUGAACGGACAGUCUUGGGAAGAGGCGCCUGAUGUUGAAGCAGAGUAUGAGGCUGAUGAUCUGGAAAGCCUGCUGGACGACACCAUCGUCGAGACCACCAGGAAGCGCCGAACGUACCCCAAAAAGAUCCUGCGUCACGCGGUCCACUCCCUCAAAGCUGAACGCAAACUCAUGGGGCUUUACGAACACACCGUCAAACCUCAGGCGGUGAUCAAAAACCCCGAUCAAGAGAGCAUCAUGAAUGACUUGUCAGCAGCAGCUCCUGGGAUGGUGAAACAGGCCAUCCAGGCCAUAAAGUCGAUCAACACUCUGCAGAAACAAGCUGAAGGCCUCUGCGAGAUCCUCAACAUGAAACCGAGCCACGCCUCUCUAGAGAUCCACAGAGAAGUGUUCGGCUGCAGCAACCAAUCAGACGCUCCGCUGCCUCCUGCGAAGGAAGCGAUGUGGAACAGGCAGCCGAUCAAAAGAGCCGUAGAGGAAGCGGCGGCUACGGACGGCUACGUGCCCCUCGCCAAGAAACCGAUCUUCCCAGACGGGGAACCACAGAAGAACUAAGAUGAUAUGAUGAGAUGGACUAACACGUUAAAUUUCUGUGCAUUUUUGUUUUUCAAGUCUUUGUUGUACACAGUAAACAGUAAAAUAUAAUGCGACUCUUCAGGUUUUUCAUUUUGAACAUAAAGGUUGUCCCUUGUUACUGAUUCUGUUUGUGAUUUUCAUGGACAGAAUCUCAAGGUGCAGCUCAGGACUGCUUCUCUACUUUUUGCAGAGAAGCAGCCAAAUGUGUUUUGCAGCAGAAUGUGAAGCAGUCGGGAUGAGAGUUCCUCCAAAUCUGAGGCCACAGUGGUCUGCGAGUGAGUUGUUGUCCCAAGUAGAGGAGUUCAAGUAUCUUAGGAUCUUGUUCAUAGCUGAGUGUAAGAUGGAGCGUGAGGUUGACAGGCGGAUCGGUGCAGCAUCAGCGGUAAUGCGGGUGUUGUCGGUCUACAUCCCGACCCUCAUCUAUGGUCACAAGCUUCGGGUUGCGACUGAAAGAAUGAAUUUGCGGAGACAAGUUUGAGAUUGCAGCUCAGACUUAAAGAACAUAGAAGAUGAUUUUCCUCAUCAUUUUAUUUUAAAGCUUGCUACAUUAAUCAUGACAUUACAACUGUCUUCUUCUUGCAGCUUUUAUAUUACCUACAUUACUAGCCCACUAGAGGGCUUGUUCCUUUGAAUAAAAUGUUACUAAAAUUAGAGUUUGUGUUGUCAUUUUAGAAGCUUUGGUCACUUUAAAAGGAUGCAAAGUCUUGUACUGUACUUUGUUUGUAAUAUAAAGCUUUUCCAGCCUGAA